AUGGAUCCCGAAACAUCGCUCUUCGCCCACGCUCGGCCCAGAGUAAAGCUACCCCCAAAGGCUACGAAGAUAACGCUCAAAUUCCUCAGCUUGCCCGGAGAGAUCAGAAACAAGAUCUACCAAUACUACUUCCAGGACACCUACCGCUGCGAGCUCGUGGAAGAUGGUUGCGACUUCGAAGCGCAUGCUCCAAAAACGUUCAAACUACUGUUGAACAGCUCACACACCAUAGAUACUAAGCCAAACAAAAGGAUAAAGUCUAGAGACCGUACCGCCUCUAAGCCAUUGACAUUCCGUUUCCCACGAGCUCAUGAGAAAUCCACGUUACCCGGCUCACGCUUGCACCUUGGAUGGCUGAAUCCGCACGGUGCACUGAUACUUGUCUGCAAGCAAGUAUUUGCAGAGACUCUGGCACUACUAUACCAGCGAAUCAAUUUCGUAUUCGAGGCGCCGCGCCGCAUUACCAACUUCCUCCGCAGGAUUCCACAACCAAGUCACAGCAGCGUGACAAAGCUGCAUCUAUACUACACCACUUAUGGAAAUCUGGCAGCUGCGGAAGAUGUCACCUGGCAACAAAAGCACGUUGAGAGCUGGACUCGCGCGUGCAAAGUGGCGGCUAAGAGCCUCACUUGCUUGCGCGAGCUCGAUGUCGACAUUUGGAUCAACGAAGAUGCUCCAAAGUUCAACCUGCGUCAGAAAUGGCUCCAGCCGCUGCUGAAAUUCCACCGCAUAACCUGUGAUAGCCACCAGCAGGAAUCGACACACAACAGAUCCCGCGCCAUAAAAACGAAGUCCUUGGAGGCUGUCAAGGUCAGGGUUAAAACUCGGCUGUGGGCGCACAACUUCGAAGGAAGAUUUCAUGUAGCCAAAGCGUGCAAGGACCUUCAUCGACUCUACAGCUUAGGCAUCAGCAAGGCUAUACUCGGAGCCAAGGAGGAGGAGGCCAUGGUCUUGUUCAACAAGGCGUGGGAAGGCAAACAUAAAGAUUGGCAGCAUCAUCUGGGUUUUGUAAGGACAGGAUGGUGA